CGUAGCCAAUCAGAGAACAGCAUUCGUGAUAGAACGCUAGUAGAUUUAUACUAAUGCGCGAUAAUCGAGAGCUAAUAAAUCGAUUCCGCCUGUACUACAGGCUAGUGUACCAUAUAUAAAAUCGCUACUUCUCGAAACUUGAGCGGACUCAAUUCUUCGCUGGGAAGCCUUAUUCAAACUUCGCAAGAUUUGAUUUAUGGCUGAAUAUCUUUGAUUGGAUUGCACCCCCGGAUUACACGUUAGAAAGCGGUGUAAAUCACAGCAUUCUCUGAGCACAAAAGUCAAAAAAAUACCAAGCGCGAACUCCGUAACCAACCGCAACUGACCUAACGUUCGAUUAAUCGAACUGAAUCUAAUCCAACUGCGCGAACUUUUAUGCUUUUCGCCAUCGUUUGUGUUGUAGUUGCAUGGCUUGUGUCACAGGCGGAGGGGUGGUUUUGUUUUCUGGGGUGUUCCCCCGCUGGGGUGUUCCACGGAGCCAUACGUCACGCGACGUCACGUCACCCUGCAGGAAGCAUGAAGAUGAAGCCGGCUGCCGAUCGUUCUUUUGAGCGAGCACUAGCCGUUUUUAGUCACCGUCAUCGGAUAAUAUUUGGUUCGUACCAACUAAGAGUUGGAGUAUAAAUCGUGUUAACAUGCCACUUUCAACCACCGUUAUCGGUUCUUUUCCCAAGCCUUCUUACCUCAACAUUCCAGACUGGUUUCAGCCACGAUACGCGAAGACUUUCGUGGAGGGAUAUAAUCGCUUCCUUCAAAAUUUCACAGCAUCCGAGAAGGAAGAGUUGUUUAAAAGAGCCAUCAAAGAAAUUGUUGAACUCCUUACCGAAGUAGGCGUUGACGUGAUAACCGAUGGAGAAGUUCGGCGUGAGAACUACAUUCAUUACUUUUGUAGAAGAAUGAAGGGUUUUGAUUUUCACAACUUAUGCGCUAAAGCUGUUCGAGAGGUGGAAUCUGCUACUAUUUUUUUACCUCAAGUAGUUGAAGAGGUGUCACCCCUGGAAAAUGAAACGUGGGUUUGGAAGGAAUGGCAAAAUUCGCAAGAUUUAUCGAAGAGGCCCAUGAAAAUUACCCUACCGGGACCCAUGACAAUCGCGGACACAGUGGUUGAUCAGUAUUACAACAAUGAUAAGGUUCUCGGCUGUGUGUUGUCAGAGAUUUUAAACAAAGAAAUCAAGGACCUUGUAUCGGCUGGUUGUAAACACAUUCAGGUUGAUGAACCAGUUUUGAUGCGGUUUCCUGAGCAAGCUUUAGAGUAUGGAAUUGAUCAGCUCGCGACUUGUUUUGAUGGAGUUAGAGCUUCAGAUGUAGUCAAGACAGUUCAUUUGUGUUGUGGCUAUCCUAAUCAUUUAGAUCAAGAAGACUACAAGAAGGCUGACAAGGAUGCAUAUCUUAGACUGGCUGAUAAGCUGGAUGCAGCAGGUUUUGACGAGAUUUCCAUUGAGGAUGCUCACAGACACAAUGAUUUGUUAUUAUUUGAGCAUUUUAAAAAGAGUAAGAUCGUACUUGGUGUUGUGAAGGCCGCAAGCAGCCAUGUGGAGAGCGUUGAAGAGAUUCGCACCCGUCUAAAACAAGUUUUAACUGUUCUACCUGCCGAACGCGUGGUCGUUGCUCCGGAUUGUGGAUUAGGCUUUCUUCCAACUGGACUUGCAAAGCAGAAACUUUGUAAUAUGGUCGAGGCUGCCAAAUCUUUACCUUGACUUUGCGAUAAAUCAGAUCAAUCGUAGAUGCACGGGAGAUAUACGGAUAACAUGGUAGCUUAUAAACAAACAACUUAAUUAUGUUCUCUGUUUCAAACAAAAAUAUUCAUUGGCCGUGUCUACAUCUACAUUUCAUCUACAUUUAUUGAGUCACCAGAAACUAUAUACAGUUAUCACGCUAACUUUAACAUCAGAGGUAUAAAAUAAUGCUAAUUAAAAUAUCGAAUGUAAUGGAAAAAUACACAUAUAUAGUACAGAUAGAUAAUAAUAAAAAUAAUAAUAAGUGACAGUGACUAACAAUAACAGUGACAG